AUGAUUAGCCCCAAUCAUAAGCACUCCAUAGACAGCGAAGCACUCUGGGCCCAAAUCAGGGCUCCUGAGUUCAUGCCGGAGGAUCCAGAAGCGUUCCUCGCACUUCUGGAAUCGCGAUUCCAUGAAGCUCGCAUCACCGGGCAACUGUCCCGUUAUUAUGAGCUGUUGUCCACGAUCCCGCGCGAUAUGCUUAUCAGCUUCAGGGAUAUUUACAUGAAUAUCCCU